AGGCCCCGCCCCUGGACGCUGCCCAGGCCCCGCCCCGACGCACAUGCUCAGGUGCGGCUGCCCUUCGCCUUUGUUCUCGCCACCUAGCGGUUCGGCGUGGCUCUGCAAGGACUCGGCGGCUGCUCCGGACCUAACCAGACCAGUACUGGAUUUACUGCAACGCGGAACUUUCCUUGACUGCAAACGUGAGGGCAGAGGUCUCAAGACAGAACCUGGGGCUGUGCACGCCGCGGGAGGGGCGGAGGCCCCUGGAAACCAACAGGAGCAGGAGGCCCAGGGCUGCGCAGCGACCAGGGAGGACACGAGGAAGGUUGCUUGUGUCACCAGUGGAAGACGUGGUUUGGCUUUUAGACUCUCGCAGGGUCAGGAGCGGAUCCCAGAGCCUAACCUCGGUGGUGGGUGGGUCCACCCAGCAGCAGGGAGCGUGGGCACCCUCAGCCUCCGGCUCCCGGGCGAGUGUGGGAGGGGGAAGAGCCCAGAGAAUUGGAGGUGGGGCUAAUGUGGGCCCUGCCCCCAAUCAUUGUGUCGGAGUAGAAGGUGGUGGACGAGCUCCUCGGUAAGAACCAAUGAGGAUGUGGUAUGCAAAUAAGCAAGCGGAGGGGCCGCGGGGCUACUUCCCCGCCCUGUGCUGCUGCCCCAAUGAGGGCGCAGACUGUACUGGCCUGAGCGGAGCAAGGAAGUGUUUCUGAGAGGAGUGCGAGGCUGAAGAGAGAGGUGGGCAGCAGGCCCAGCCACCUGCAUCAUGGUGAGGUGCCGCCACCACUCGGGCUACAUGGCCGACGACGAGGCCCGCCACUCCAUGUACAGUGCACAAGUGCAGCCACCCAAGAAGCCACUGGUCCCAGAAACGGGGCCAGCCUCCAAGCUGGGCCAUGUGCUACACCCACCAUCCACAUGUGGCAGCCCAGCGCUCCAGGGCCAAUGCCGAAACAAGAGGCACCCUCAGCCCUUUGGCCACUUUCUGGAUUUCCUGACUGAGAACCAGGUCCUGGACAGCUUGGAGACAGUGGUGGAGGAGGCAACUGAGCGCAUGGCUGCCAUGAAGACGGAGACUGGGGUGCCACUGGUGGAGGUGCAGGACCCAGUGGAGGUACCAAGUGGUAGGCGGCGGGCCCGUGCCCGGCCCAGCCUCAGCACCGUGCAGCGGCACCGUGCACAACCAAGCCUCUGCACUGGACACCCUAACAACUACCCAUUCAGCUCCAGCUCCAUGUCCGACUCCCAUAGCAGCCUCAUGGCUGGCUGGCUGGGCCCCUACGACAGGGACAGUGACCUGGGGGCCCAAGGCUUAGGCUCAUUGCCACCUGUAAGGGACAAACUCCUGCUGGAGAAGAACCUCAAGCGGCUGCUACAGCUGGAGAGAAAAGGGAAAGGCCUCGGUCAGUCCUGCUCCCAGAGAGACUCCCUGUUGUGGGAUUCUCUGGGCAGCCAGACCAGCUGCCAGUGGACCCAGGAGCAGUCCCCAUCCUGGUUCACAGGGCUGCUGGACUCAAGCUCUGGCAUGCCUGAAGCAUCAGAGCUGAGGCAUGGAGAACGGGAGCGAAUCUUCCACAAGCAAGAGUUCAAUAAGGAGCUGAAGUCGUUACUGAGCCAGCUGGAGUCCCUCGACCUGCCUGGCUACUGUCCACUCCGUGAGCCCCACCGCACGCUGAACUUCCUGGCUGAGCACCGCCUCUUCCCCGCCCUGCAGAGCGUGGUCAGUCGGGCUACGGACAAGCUCCGUGGUGCCUGCUGCUGUGACGGCCACCCUCUGUUCCCCACCAGCUUGGAGCCCACCUCAGAGCUGCCCGGACAGGGCAAUCUGCAGCCUCCAGGCUCUGAGCCGGCCAAUCCCAGCAACACGGGACAGCCCCAUGCUUCCCCCCAUCCCACAGCCUCCAGCCCCAAGCUGCGUCACAGAAAACACAAGGACAGAGGAGGCUAUCCCUCCAUGUCUAGCGCCCAGGUGGCCACCAGAUUCAAGCUCAAGAUGACACCCAUGGAGAAGCCCAGUGUCCCCAGUUCCUCACUCCACUCCAGGAAAGAGAGCCCCAGCAGCAGCAGGUUCACAAAGAAGAAGCUACUGCCCUCCAUCUCGUCAAAGUCCAGCAUGUCCCACUUCUCCAACUGCUCUUACGAGGAGCUCGUUGACUUCCUCACCCAGCAGGCAGCCUCCCUGAUCAUCCGAAAGUAUGAGUUUGAAAAGGACCUCAAUAAGCAGCUGGGCUUCUUCUCCUUCCCCGUCACCCAAGUGCUCAGGGACCUUUCCCUGGGCUUAAAGAAGGUGAAAGGCUCCCAUAACCACCAGUCCUCGGAGAUCCAUCUGAGCUGCCUGCUGCGUAAGCUGGAGGAGGCCAAAAGGGCCCAGCAGGACUUCUUGCUCAGCACCUUCCACCGCAGCCCAGAGACGCCCUCUGUGCUGCAGGAGCUGGCCACCCACACCGUCCAGGACCAGACCACAGAGCCCUGCCACUCUCUUUACACCGACUUGCCAGCCAGCCAACAGCUCAGCCCAUUGGAGCCCAGGCUCUCAGUGUCUGCCCACACCGGCAUGGGUUCCAGUCCCCCCAGGUCCAAGGACAUGGACAGUGAGGGCCAUGAUAAGGUCGAGCUUGAAGAUGAAAAUGAGGAUGAGGAUGAGGAGCAGGAUGAGGACAGGGAUGAGAGUGGAGUCCAGAGCCUCCCAGAGCCUGGAGAGGAGGCCUCGGUCAGCCACCCUGUGGACCUGGGCCACAGUGACCCAUCUUGAGGUCCCCACUGGCCACUUGAUUCCUUGCUCUGUCAGAGUUGCUGCUCAUCACACCAGCCCCUGGGCUGAAUGCCCACAAGGAGCUCUGCUGAGACUCUCAGGGGAGCCAGUGAAAGAUAUAGCAAUAUAGCCUGUGUUGCUGAGACACAGGUUUCUUGUCCUGAGAUUUCAGCCUCCAUUUCAUUUAUUUGUUUGUUUACCUAUUUUUUUUUUUUUUUUUUGAGACGGAGUUUCGCUGUUGUUACCCAGGCUGGAGUACAACGGUGAGAUCUCCGCUCACCGCAACCUCUGCCUCCUGGGUUCAAGCAAUUCUCCUGCCUCAGCCUCCUGAGUAGCUGGGACUAUAGGCACGCGCCACCAUGCCCAGCUAAUUUUUGUAUUUUUAGUAGAGAUGGGGUUUCACCUUGUUGACCAGGAUGGUCUCGAUCUCUUGACCUUGUGAUCCACCCACCUCGGCCUCCCAAAGUGCUGGGAUUAUAGGCAUGAGCCACUGUGCCCGGCUUGUUUACCUAUUUUUAAGAGGAAGUGUUGGCCAGGCUCAUGCCUGUAAUCCCAACACUUUGAGAGGCUGAUGUGGGCAGAUCACUCGAGGCCAGGAGUUGGAGACCAGCCUGGGCAAUAUGAUGAAACCCCGUCUCUACUAAAUACAAAAAUUAGCCAGGUAUGGUGGUAGGUGCCUGUAAUGCCAGCUACUCGGGAGGCUGAGGCAGGAGAAUGGCUUUAACCUGGGAAGCAGAGGUUUCAGUGAGCCGAGAUCCCACCACUUCACUCCAGCCUGGGCAACAGAGUGACACUGUGACUCAAAAAAAAAAAAAGAAAAGAUGCAGUCUUGCUCUGUUGCCCAGGCUGAAGUACAGUGGCAUGAUCUCAGCUCACUGUAACCUCCACUUCCUGGCUUCAAACGAGUCUGCCGCCUCAGCCUCCUGAGUUGCUGGGACUACAGGCAACUGCCACCCUGCCUGGCUAAUUUUUGUAUUUUUAGUAGAGACAGGGUUUCACUAUGCUGGCCAGGCUGGUCUUGAACUCCUGACCUCAAGUGAUCCACCAACCUCAGCAUGCCAAAGUGCAGGGAUUACAGACAUGAGCCACCACACACGUCCACUAAUUUUUUUUUUUUUUUGUAUUUUUAGUAGAGACAGGGUUUUGCAAUGUUGGACAGGCUGGUCUUGAAAUCCUGACCUCAGAUGAUCUGCUCACCGCAGCCUCCCAAAGUGCUGGGAUUACAGGUGUGAACUACUGCACCUGGAUUUUUUUUUUUUUUUUUUUUAAGAUGGAGU